UAUUACGCGAUGGCGAUUUCACAUUAGACCUUACGCAAGGUCUAGAGAGGAGUUAAUCGGUACGUUUUAUAACAUAUUUCAUGGUAAUUCUAACAAAAACUCACACUUCCCUCGUAUUAAGAUUGUCUUUAUCCCUCUAUGACAAAACUGCGGUGAAAAAGUGAUAAUAUCUCGCCAAAACGUUUUUUUCGGAUGUCAAAACAACCUUUUGCCACACAUUCUUUCCAGCAAGCUGCAAUGUUUCCAACGAGCUGCAAGGUUUUCCCCGUAGCGAUCCCAAAAACCUUUGCACAAACACAAGGAUCCGAUUACUGGCAACUCACUCAUUGAAGGAGAAAUUAUUUCAUAUUUAAGAAAUAUCGAUUUUAUUAAUAGAACUCUCUAAACCUCAAAAACCAUCAUUUCUCGUCACAGCUAUUAAACUAAUGUUCCUAAUCGUGUGGUAAAAGUUCCUUGAAAAGAAGCAGGUUAAGCCAGAAACAAUAUCAAAACUUACGUAAAUGAGCUCUCGAAUCACCUGUUUAUAAUUAACUGACCGAGUGAAACGGAUUAGUUCUUAUUCCAUAAAUCAAUGUCGUCAAGAGGCACUUCGUAAUUUGGGAGAAAUCUAUUAUAUGGACAACAUUCACUUUGAGACCAAUAUGUAGGACUGCAUUUUAUAAAGGUAGCUGUGUAGUUUUGAAAUCUGGAGUUUUUCGUUUGGUAAUCAUAUUGAAUAGUGCUGUUCGUGGGAAGAUAAUGCGAUGAACGCCUCCAGUUCCUCUUUGCUUAAUCAGGAUCAAACGGACACAGUUUCCUCGGUGACUUGUUUCUACUUCAACGCUCCCAUCUUCGAGUCUUCGGCCACACUCAUCGUAAAUGUUAUCGCGUGUGUUUUAAACUCUUCAUUUGCUAUAUUUUCAUCGUUUGGAAACCUUCUUAUUGUGGCCGUACUCUGUAAAACCAAAUCACUUCACAAGCCAGCGAAUAUUCUCCUUGGAUGGUUCGCCUUUUGUGACUUCCUGUUGGGAUUUUUGGCAGCGCCAGCUUUUGUUGCUUUCAAAAUAGCAGAGAUCACAAGAAAUUUUGAAUCUUAUUGUGUUCUGCGUUCGGCUUACGACUUUACUUCACAAACAACGCUUAGUGCGUCAUUCGUCAUACUGACUUUUAUGACUAUUGAUCGAUAUUUAUCGCUUCACCUUCACCUUCGAUAUAAGGAAGUCAUCACCAACAGGCGUACCACAGGAGCAGUGUUAUUCUCGUGGAUUCUGUCUCUCUCGAUAACUGUAACAAAAUUAUGGUUAGACCCGAAGACUUUUCUUUUCAUCAUCAAGGCUUCUAAACUGCUUUGUCUCUUCGUUAUCGUAACAGUCUACAUAAAAAUACUUGUACUAGUGCGACGUCAUCAGAUCCAAAUAGACCAACUGACUGUCUGCGAUCGCCGUGGUUCUCAGAGAAGCCUCUAUGAUUUUUGUCGCCUCAAAAAGUAUGCGUGCACUGUGGCAUUCAUUGUUGCUCUUAUCAUUGCUUGUUAUGUCCCGGUUGUUUUCGUCAGCUUUUGUAAAGCUUACGUUUGUACAGAAGGGGUAGAACAUGCUAAAAUUAUGUACACCCUUACGGUAACGUUUAUCUUUUUUACAUCGGCCCUGCAUCCGCUGGUUUAUAUAUGCCGCAUGAGAGAAGUGAUGGAUGCAAUCAAGAAAUUCUUUAACAUAAAAUGAAAGCUGUAUAUAUUGACUACAAAGUCUAUUAAUGAUAGAGAAUGCAUAAAACUAUCUAACUUAUAUAAAUAUACUGUGAAGAAAUUGAGAACUAUGUCAACAACAAUAAUUCUUUGCUGUUUUUGAUAGUGAUCUUAAUGUAACGGUGGCCUCAAACUGAAAAACAACAUCAAAAAAGUUGGCAAUGAAAUGACUUAUA